AUGUCCGCAGCAGCGGCGGGUCGCGCGGUGUGGUUCGACGCGCACUGCCAUCUGCAGGACCCGCGCAACGCCUCGCGCACCGCGCGCAUCGUGGGUGACGCGGCCGACGCGGGCGUCCAAUGGAUGGUCUGCAACGGCACGCAUGAGGGAGACUGGGAUGCAGUGGCCGCCAUUGCUGCUGCCCACCCUUGCGUCAUCCCCUCCUUCGGCCUGCACCCAUGGUACAUCGACUCUCGCUCGCCCCACUGGCUUCAGCACCUUGAGCAGCGCCUCUCCGCCCAUCCCCACGCCGCCAUGGGCGAGCACUCCACCUCUCCCCCUCCCAGCCCUCUUAACCUCUCUGUCUCCUUCCCUCCCCGCCUCCUUCCCUCCUCACAGAACGGCCCAUUUCCAGCAGGAGUCGUUCUGCAUUCAUUCAACGGCCCUCCAGAAAUGCUCCCAGCCCUCACCUCUCUCAACGCCUUCUUCUCCUUCUCCCGCCUUUCUGCCUCCUCGCCCCCCCACAAGCUCGCACACCUUCUGCGCCAGGUGCCUCUAGAUCGCCUCCUACUGGAAACAGACUCACCUGACGGCCUCCCCCCUGCCAGGCGGAAGGGGGAAGGAGGCAGGACCGGAAAGGGGGGGGGAGGGGAGGAGAAGGCAGGGAAAGGGGGGAGGGAGGGGUGCAGGAGGAGGGAGUCUCAUUCUGAAGCCCAGCAACGCGGAGAGAGUGGAGGUGGCGAGAGGUGCGGCAUGGAAGGGGAGAGAGGAGAGGGGGGAGGAGAGGAGAGAGGACAGGAGAGAGGGAUGGAGGGAGGGGGGGAAAGAGAUGAGGAAAGGGCAGAGAGAGGGUCGGGAGAGGCAGAGGAAGAAGGCAGGGGAGAGGUGGAGGGCAGUGGCGAUGAUUCGGGCUUGAACUCACCAGCUACCAUUGGCCUGGUGUGUGAGAUGGUGGCGAGCAGCAUGGGCAGGUCCAAGAAAGAGGUAGCAGAAGCAGCAUUCGCCAAUGCUGUUCGGCUCUUCUCCUACCCUGGCUCAAAUCUUUCUUCCUUGAAGAGGCCUAAAAUUAAGUAG